AUGCGUUUGGACGACGCUCUUUGCCAUGUCAUCUACGACCUCUCGGUGGUUAGUCUGAAGAAGGGCAGCGAUGUACAGGGAGCAUCGGAAAAGGGUUUCCAACUAGACUCCAAAGCUACAGGCCUUCAAGAGACUAUCGAUUCGAACGGUCACCUCGGCAAAAGGAGAAUAAAGAGACCUGUAUCCACGGACACCUGUACUGCUGAGGAAAUAGAGAAAAACUCUCAACCCUCUCACCCUGUGACGUCGUUUGAGGCAAUUUGUGCUCGUUUGCAGACGUGGUACAGCGGCGUACAACUGCCGUCGAGGGCGAAGAUCCAACAGGCUCUGGAUGAACUGAUAGCAGUUGGCAAAGUGUACUUCACCGGUGAGUAG